CCCUUCUCUUCCACUAUGAAUUCUCUUGGGCGGCCUCGCUUUCUUGCAGGCAUUCUGCGGCCGAAAAUUCCACAGCCGCCUGUAGCACCCAAUCGGCCUGCAAGCAGCAUCCGUUCCGAUGAGUACUCGUGGAUGCAGCAGCCUGAGCACUCUGAAAAGGUCAGCGAAUACUUGCGCGCAGAGAAACAAUAUGCAGACCAAGUCAUGGCCGGGACAGAGAGGCUUCAGUCAAAGCUGGCUCAAGAGAUGUCCGCGGCAACCGAAGUCGAGUCGAUGCCGCCGCCCGUCGAGAACCGCAAUGGCGAGUUCAUCUACUUUGUCGAAGGCAAUGGCGACGGAUCCCUUAAGGUGCUCAUGGAUUCGGCAAGGCUUCUCAAAAGACACGGGCUCGUGAUUCGUCUACUGCAUGUCUCCAACGACAACUCGUGGAUGGGAUGCCUGGUAUCAGAUGCCAAUGACGACUCUGGCAAGGAAACCGGCACCUUUGCUGCUGCUGAAAAGUGCGAUCAGAUCAGCAAUGUCUACAACUUUGUCUUUGGCACCAGUGGAUCGGUUUUCUACACGGUCCUCAACAACAAGCUGCGCGCACAUAAAGUCAUGGGCCACUCUAUUGGUGGCAGGCAGAGCACUGAUAUAGUUGUGUACAGCGAAGGCGACACGGAGUGCUUUUUGGACAUCACUUGUACCAAGGACAAGCAAUUUUUCAUCGUCAACAGCAGCACGCUGGACUCGUCUGAGCUGCAUGUGUUUUCAUCAGGGCAGAUUCGCAAGAAUGCUCUGCAGCUGGUUCGGCCACGGCAGAAAGGCGUGGAGUAUUUUGUGCGGGCACCAACACAGACCCCGUCCUCAGACAACUGGGAGGAAGUGCUGACCGUUCAAGACAACGAGCGUAUUGAGGAUCUCGAGGUAUUCCAGGACUACUUCAUGGUUAACAUCAAGAGGCGCGGACUCCCCGCUGUCCUGAUAUUCGAUCGCAAAAUGGGCAAGCGGUCCGAGUUGAAGCUGCCUUACAACGGCAACUGUACUAUCCGGCCAGACGCCAACCCCCAGCUCGAUACGUCGUUUGUACGGCUCAGCCUCAGCUCCCCUGUGCACUUGGAUUCAGUUGUCGAGUAUGACAUGAGCACACUGCGGCCAUUCCAGUCGUGGCUUUCGACGCCCCUGCAUCUAAAUCCCCGAGAGUUUACAGUGCAGAGGAUCGAGGUGCCGGUGGAUGGAACCCAUGUCCCGAUGACACUGGUAUUCCAUAGAUCAGUCUCGCUCGCGCAGUCGCCGCCUACGCUGGUAAGAGUGUACGGUGCUUACGGGGUGUCGCUGGAGCCCGAGUUCAGGCUGGAGGACAUCCCGCUCCUGCGCCGUGGCUGGGUUAUUGCGCUGGCCCAUGUGCGUGGCGGUGGUGAGCUUGGGCGCGCGUGGUACGCCGGUGGCCGGCGCUCCAGCAAGGUCAAUUCGGUGACUGAUUUUCUCGGAUGCGCUCGGUAUUUGCUUGACAAGGGAUGGAGCGCAGCCGACCGCCUGUCGAUUACUGGCACAUCGGCCGGUGGGCUAGUGGUUGGCUCGGCGCUGAACAUCCAUCCAGAGUAUUUCCGUGCGGCUGCCCUGCAUGUCCCGUUUGUGGAUCCGCUGUCUGCGAUGCUCAGUCCAGACCUGCCUUUAACUGAAGUCGAAAGAGCCGAAUGGGGCGACCCCCUUGCCAGCAAGUCUGAAUAUGCUAGUAUUCGUGUAUACGCUCCCUAUGAUAACCUCAGCCGCAUGGUUGGCGAGCAGACAAAGCAAGCACCGUCCUAUCCUGCCAAAUGGGUUGCCCGGCUUCGUAGUACUGGUGGAUAUUCAACAGCCCCGCCGCCCAUGACACACAGAACAACACAGUGGCCUAAGCUCAUGCUCGAUGCUCGCAUGGAUCUCGGGCACUUCCACUCACACAGCGACGACCCCGACCAUGGCUUCAUCAAGGCGCAUGCGUUCCGGAGCGCGUUCCUGCUGACUGAGGUUCAGGGAUGGAGCGAAAUAAAAUAGCAGCAUUUACUAGUUGCCCAAAUGAAAUGC